GCCUUGGGAAGCAUACUGGACAGCUCAAAGCCCCCGACCCCGCGGAGGCCGAAACACGUUGACGAAGAGGAAGGGAUUGGGGCUCAAAGAGAGUGGAAGACGGAACGGGACAACAGGCGCAGGCAAAGAUCGCCGGGGGAGGAGAGGCCCGCCGCGCAGUGGCCGGAAUUCUGGCCCUGGAGUCCACGAGGGGCCGCAGUUCCCGCCCCGCCCCUCUCCCGGCGCCGGCCCCAGGGCUCCGCCUCGAGGUGGGACAGGACCCCUUCCCUGCGGCCCGGGCCGGGGAUGGAGGCGCUGGCGGAAGUGCUGGCUGCGCUGCCGUUCUGGGGGAGCGCCUUGGCGCUGCUGCUCGCCUCGCUGUGGCUCUGGCGGGGCCAGGACCGUGCGCUCCCGAGCCCCGAGGUUCCCGCUCCCCCAAAGCAGGCCGGGCCCUCCGGGGGCGGCUUGGAGGUGCGGACGCGCGGACCCGCCCGGUACGAGCUAGAGGAGCCUCGGACGGGGGCAGGAAGGGAGGAGCAGGAGCAGAAGGAGGAGGAGGAGGAGGAGGAGGAGGAAGAGAGACAGGAUGAAGAGCCAAACUCUGACAGUAAGACGAUGCCACUACUAGCUGAACUAGAAGAAGAUGAAGAGGAGGUAUUUUCAUUUAAAUAUAGCCCUGGGAAACUUCGAGGAAACCAAUAUAAGAAGAUGAUGACCAAAGAAGAGUUGGAGGAAGAACAAAGGGUUAAAAAAGAACAGCUGGCUGCCAUCUUCAAACUGAUGAAGGACAACACGGAGACUUUUGGAGAGAUGUCCGAUGGAGAUAUGCAGGAACAGCUCAAGCUUUAUGAUAUGUAGGCUCCAAAACAAUGGAGCUCUCCAAGAGCUGCUGCCUUACUCUGUAACAAGACUUUGACAGUACUGUGACUGUUAUUAGAUUAGAAACCUUUGUUUUCAGAUUUUUGUAGGUUUAAAUACAUAUAUAUGCAUAUAUAUACACAUAUCUUUUUGCAUAUGCUAUUUAUAUCUCAUCUCAUAGGGAGCAGUAAUACUCCCCAUAGAGGAAGAGGGGUGGGCAGACCCUGUUAGCCGAGUUUCCUUCCCUAUUGCUUGUUGUUGAGGUUCGGACUAUGUGACAUAAUUAGUACAUAUAUCUUAUCUUCUGACUUGAGCUAAGAAAUUCCUCAUGGUAGUUCCAAGAUAAACAUUAAUAAUAUGGGACCAGACUAGAUGGUGCGACAUAGAGUAGGGCUGACUCUGUCCUAAUUCAUGACACAACAGUAUGCUGUUUGGGGGGAUUUAGGGGUGCUGAAAGAUACAGUAUCUUUACUAUUAUCAUCCUUAGACCCCAGGGUUAGGGUCUAAGAAUAUUUUUUGAGGGGUCUGAAGUCCAUUUCUUCCUAGAUAGUCUAAAAGUCUAUUUCAAAGACUCAUCUUACUUCGUGGAUCAAAAUAAAGGUACUAGAAAUGAUGCUACAAGAGUCUGUUCUAUGUUAUUUCUAGUCUUUGUCCAAUUCAAAUGUAGGGUGCCUACAAUAUGCUAGGCACUGCAGAAUAUACAAAAGAAGCAAAAAACAUGGCAUCUGCCUUGGAGGAGCUCCCAAUCUCCAGGGAAAGAAAUGACCCCAACAUAAAACAAUAGAGAUAACAAAAUAUUUAACUGACAUCUAUACAGGAACUCUUCUGAUGGCUCAUUGUGGUGUGGAAGUGACCCUUGGUUCUUGAAGGUUAUUCAAGGGUGAGCUGGGGGAGGAACUCAUUUUUGUGAUCUAGGCACCAGUCCAGCUAUGUUUGGAGAGAUUCAUCACUAGCAUGGUUGCCGAUUAAUGAAUUCAUUAGCCAUCGCAACUCUGAAAGACUAUCUGCCAAGGUGUAAUAAUAGCUAGCAUUUUUAUAAUACCUUAAGGUUUGCAAAGUACUUUACAUAUUGACAGGAGUACCCACAUUGUUAAAAUCACAAAACCGUUCAAGUGUGAGGGCAUCCAAUUUUCUAGUUAGUUGCAAUGACUGCCAUUUACAAUUCUGGCUCGGAAACUGAAAGACGCUUUUAUUCAGAAUGGGAUCCCUCAGGUCUGAUUGCUAAACUGUCAGUCAAGUUGCAGCAAUCAUUUCCCAGCAACCAGUGAUUCAGUCAUGUCUGUAUUCAUGCUCCAGCGUGUUUUAUUACAUUUCUGUGUGCCUACUUCAUGUGCAGCUUUUCCAAGUCACCUCAUCUGUAACAUGAAGCUACUGUUUAGUGAAUUAUGACUCUCAUGCACUAAACUAAUAAACGACUUUGAG